AUGUUUCUAUCUCUAACCGAAACCACCAUCUAUUCUGCAGUAGACGAUAAUAUCAUUCAAAUCAUAACUUUUCAUAGUAAUAAUAAUACAGAGACACUAUCUAGAGAUCUCAAUAGAAAUAGUCUAAAGUAUACUACGUUAUUGUCAUGCACUAAAAAGUAUGAUAUUCAAUUUAGCAUCGUUUUAUUAUUUGAAGCAAUAACAAUGAUUCUUUUUGGUGCAGAUCUCUUAUCAAAUGCGACACCAUAUAAUCAAUUGUUUGACGAUGAUAUUUGGAGUAAUUUAGUUUUAAUGAUCACUUGGGCACUCUUAUUGCAUCAUCGUACUGUCAUUGGUGUUACCCAUGGUGUUGCCUAUUACUGGUCCUUGGCGGCUGAUGUCCUCUAUGGAUUUAAAUUACAUUAUACAUUGAUUUUACACCACCCGAUCAAAUAA